AUGCUUAAUAAAAGUUUGACGGCAACAAAAAUAGUAGGAAAAAAAUGCAUUAAUUGGUGGGGUAAUCUACAUUUAUCAUGGAAAUUAGCAAUAGGUUUUACUAUACUUUUUCCACCUAUGUGGAACUACAACGAAAGAAGGAAAGCAAGAGAAAAACAGAUAUAUUAUAACAAAUCGAUAAAAGAUUAUGUAUUUUUUGACUUUGCAAUGGAAAAUAAAUAUAUAGGUAGAGUUUUGAUAGGUUUAUAUUCUGAUCAAGUACCUUUAUCAGUUGAAAAUUUUAUUCAGUUAGCGGAAGGUUAUAAAAUUAAAGAUAAAUAUAUUGGAUAUAGAAAUACAUAUAUUCACAAAGUAUACCCAGGAAUUGGUUUAGUAGGUGGAAAUGUAUUAAAUGAUAAAGAAGGCUUAAGUAUAUAUGGGAAAAAAUUUCCUGACGAAAAUUUUGAUAUGGAAUUUGUUCAGGAUGGUGAUGUUGCCUUAUAUAAUGAAGGACCUCAUAGCAAUUCCUCUCAAUUUAUUAUAACUUUUUCCCCUAUGCCAAUAUUGCAUAAUCAUAAUGUAGUUAUUGGUACUGUUUUAAAAGGUAUGGACAUAAUUCGAAAGAUUGAAAAUGUCGGAACAAAAUUAGGUAAUCCCAUGUAUGAUGUAAAAAUUAUUAACUGCGGCUUAUAUAAGAAUUUAGAGGAAGAUGGCCCCCCUUUUUUUAACGUAACUGAUAUUUUGGACAAGGACAAUAAAAAUAUUUUAUCAAAAAAUGAGUUCGAAAAUUUAACGGACUCACAAAAGCAAUCUCUUAUUAAUGGUGAGAACAAAUUUCAAAUUAAAAAAUGA